UUGGCCGCCGGAGAUUACUUCGCCCUCUUUUGCCGUCCACAAGUCCGAGUCCGGCCUCCGCCCACCAAUCACAGCUUCGGGCCAUCAUUUCUCCGUUCGCCCAGUCUUGUCUCCUCCACCAUCCGUCCCUCUUUCUCAUACCCCCUAACCCCACCCUCAACCUCAACAGUAGCCAUUGCCGACUCUCGUGCAGUGGUCUCCGAACCUCCUUAUCCCCAUCACCACCUCCAGCCUCUUCACUCUCCCCCCUCUUUUGACAGGGCUCGGACAAGUCUACUAAUGCAUGGCAUUUGUUGUCUUGUAACCUCGGUGACCUGGGUCGCCGUCUGA